AAUAGGUAGUAUAGAAUCCAUGGCUCAUCGACAAUUUCAAUUGGUAUUAGAUCUCAAAGGCUAUGCUUUUGCGGCCUGCACACGACGGAACUGAGAAUACGGCAUGGCCGACAUGUGUUAAAGAUUGUGCAUAAACGUUUUUUAAUUUUUCUUUUCUCCACUGCCAUGUGGCAACACAGAGCACACACAUUCAGUACCUCCAUAAAUUCGUAUACGGUGUCAGCAGUCUAUGCAUAUUUACUACAAGCCAGACAAGACUAUAAAACCGUGUGUACGCCUUUGUGCAAAGCCCUGCUACCCUAGCUCCUGCUAUCGUCGCUGCUUCCCUCGCCAUAUUUCUGCAUACGCCACGUUUUUUUUCCAUUCUUAUAUUCCUAUUCCUAUAUAUUCAUAUUUCCUUUUUCUAUAUCUCUUUUAUAUCGUUUUAUAUCUCUUUUAUAUUAUCUUUUAUAUCUUUAUUACUGUAUCUAUAUAUAGCUUAAUUUAAGUGUAGUGCCGUGAUUAUUUUUUCUUUUAAGUUUUCUCUGUAAGUGCUUAUAUUAAUUUAUUUGUAUGUGUGUAUUCAGUGUAUAGUUCCUUCAUCUUUAAAUAUAGUUGUGCUACUUUUUUGAUUACUUUUCGUACUUUUGUAAGCCUCGUAUUUAUUUCUUUGUGUUAGUGUGCUUUUUAUAUUUGUCCUUGAAAAUGUCAGCGCCGACACACGCUUAUGUGGAAUAUGAGGACGGAGGCAAGGCGAUCGUCUCGGUAAGCCUUAUAAAGGAUUACAGUCCCAAUGAUUUCAACGAUUUGGCGUGCAACAAGCGCAUUUAUUGGAGAGACCGUGGAAAAGGCUUCGAAGGAGAGGAAGGUUAUUACUCCGGCAACGUCAUGGUGUUGGGAUGUGGCAAAGCUGAUUUGAUUGCGAGGAUGUUGAAGCAGCACAAGCCUGUUCCCAUGGACGUGUUUGAACAAUCAAGCGAGAGACAUCGCCACAAGCCGAAGCCAGCCCUCAAGGAUGUACCAACAAAGGAAAAGCGGCGCCGACUGGAAAGUGCAAAAAAAUCAAGAAUGCAGAAAAUCCUUGAGAAAAAAUCUGCUGCUGGAGAUACGGACUCCAGCAGUGAAGAUGAGUUGGUGCCGAGGAAAAUGCUGAAGAAAGCGGAAAAUGAGAUCGCAGGACUGAAAAAUAAGUUAAGAAUAUGCGAGCAGCAGCGCAUUGAAGAGCGGCAGCAGAAUGAAAAACGCCACAGCUUGCUCGAGGAGAGGAUGAAUUCCAUGGAGGCCUCCAUAAUUGAGGCAAUAAGAAAAGAAGUUCGUGCGGCAAGGCUGCCUUCACAGGGUUGUGCUGCAAAUGUUUGCAGCGAUAAUUUGCAGCAAGCAGUGCGGGAAGCUCCCAUGAAGCCAUGUGAGGAUAAUUCCAUUCAGGAAGAGUCUACCACACUGUAUGAGGAUUUGGAUCUCGGCACUGCCCCAAUGGAUGGGGCACUGCCAGCUCAUUGCGAGUCGGCAAAGCCCAGCUGCGUCCUUGGGCCUCGUGAAGAGGUGGCAGGCAGCCAGGUAGCCAGCCAUGUGCCUUCCACCCAUGGGCCAGUCCCAGUACCUGCAGAGCUGGGUGUGGAAGCUCCACUCUUCACACCAGUUGGUGGAAAGGUACACAUUGGAAAUGGCCUGUUUAUUUGUGCCAAUAAGUGGACCUGGGUGAACCAAGCGAAAACGGACAGUACGUUUGCCAGGGAGGUUGCCCGGUGCCUGUGGCAGCCACAUGAAUUGGUGGGCAGGAGCGUGACCGGCAAAGUUUGCAUGAGCAAACUCAAGGAAGGUGGCGAAGCAAAGCCAGCGUUAACGCCAGAGAAACUUGGUGCAGUUCGAAAGUCAUACGAGCACUUUGUGGCAAACCACCCGAGCACUGUAGAUACGGAGGCCAGGAGGCUCAAAGACUUGAACAAGCAUCUGGCCACCAUGCUGCGUGAUGCCAAAUAAAGAUGGUUUGUGCUGCGUGCCCUAAAA